AAAUGAAGCCCCAAACAGGAUUCCAGUUUCUUGCCGAAGAACUCCUGUGUUACAUCCUGAGUUUCCUUCCUCACCGAGAUAUUCUUCGGUGUACAUCUAUAUGUAGAAACCUUCGCCAGACGUACUUGUCCUCCUCCGAACUUCAGUACAUCGUUGAAAUAAGUGGACAACAGUUGCUCGUUAUCCCCAACACAGAUGAUAGCAUACCUAUUUCUAAGCGUCUGCAGCGUUUGAGAGACGAAGCUCACGCAUGGUUCAAAGUUGACACCCACCCUUUCCUUAAAAUGGUCCCCGUAACAAAGGCACUGCCAUCGCGAGAAAUCAUUGGUGCUGGUGGGCAUUUCUGCUCGUGGGACCCAAUGGGAGAUACGGCCAUGAUCUUUCCAGUACAUCCAAAGCCCUCACAGCAGUCAAUCCGGCGAAACUGGCUCCCAGGAACGUUGUGUUCGGUUCCACACUCGCGCAAAUUUGAUGUGUUUAUGGACCUAGCACAAAACCUAAUCGCUGUCGCUUAUGCCGCUGAUCACAAUACAGUCUAUAUUAACCUUGGGGCCCUGGAUGGUGAUGGUGUUCACCCUCAGGCUGCUGGAGAGACAUUGUUUCUGUCAGACGACUCGCGCUCUGUAACGAGCAAUGCAAAGCUCAAAGGUUUUGGGAGGCAUAUCGCAUUGUCGUGUCGCUUGAACGAUGAAAGUAUGUCGGUGUGGCAGCUGCACAUUUGGGACUGGAAAUACUCAACAACAUCCAGUAGCAUCCUCAGCGGUGCAGUACUCGACCGACCCGGCCCAAUUGAAUUUUGUUUCCUCGGGAACAAUCGAUUGCUGGUUAUAGCCGAUAACUUGAAUCUCUAUUCAAUUGAGAACAUGUCCCAGACACCUGAAUUUCUGGCGUGUUUCCUGAUACCCAUCCCAUCGAUGCUACUAGAGUGCCUUCCUAUGAUAGAUGAUAUUGGGUAUGACUCACAGCUGCAUAUGCAAGCCCAAGCGACGAUGUGCACCUCAGACCCCACACAUCGACUCAUAUGCCUUAUUAUGCGUUGUGCUCGAGAUAAUCUAGCCUUGAUCAUUUCCACGAGGAUUUUCUUCGACCUCGACGAAAUGGCAGCAGCAAUGCCAAUACCAUGGGAACAUUGGGGCCCCUCAAAUACUCGUAUCUUUCAGCGACAAUUUCAUUUCAGAAUCAAUGGAAACCGAGUCUUGCAGACACUCCAUUUCGGCGCGCGCAACCGGCAGUUUAUAUUACAACUAUUGGACUUUAGCCCACUAGCUGUGACAAACGGGCGGGGUCUAGGACGAGUGGUGAAAGAGCCGUCCACAACAUGUAUCAUUGUCGACAGAAUUGGCACACGUGGAGAGAGCUUGACAACUUCCCUGCCUUACGUUCAAGUCGUAUUUUCGGACAGAAAGUUCGAUCAUGCUAAUUCACUGUUGAGGGACAUGUGGAUCGACAAGGAUAGGAUUUAUAUGCUCUCCAGAUCACUGAGAUAUACUUAUGACAGACUUGAGGUCAUUGACGUUCAGCCUGACGUACGGAGCGGUGUGGUAUCAACUAGUUGA